AUGGGAAAGGGAAAGCCUCGUGGACUCAACGCUGCCCGCAAGCUCCGCAACCAUCGCCGUGAGGGCAAAUGGGCUGAUCUUACCUACAAGAAGCGCCUGCUCGGAACUGCCUUUAAGUCUUCCCCUUUUGGUGGCUCCUCUCAUGCCAAGGGCAUUGUCCUUGAGAAGGUUGGUGUUGAGGCCAAGCAACCCAACUCUGCUAUCCGCAAGUGUGUCAAGGUUCAGCUCAUCAAAAACGGGAAGAAGGUAACUGCUUUCGUUCCCAAUGAUGGUUGUCUAAACUUCGUCGACGAGAAUGACGAGGUCCUCCUCGCUGGUUUCGGUCGCAAGGGCAAGGCUAAGGGUGAUAUUCCGGGUGUUCGAUUCAAAGUCGUUAAAGUAUCUGGUGUUGGUUUAUCUGCUCUCUGGAAGGAGAAGAAGGAGAAGCCAAGAUCAUAA